UCUCUCUCUCUCUCAAUCUUAGAAAACAACACGGGACUAAAUAAGUUAGCAAGCAGUGGCGUGGAUGCUUUAGCUCAACCGUGUAUCUUCUUUAAAAAAACAUUUGAAACAAACGCUUAUAACCUGCGAUCACUAAACCAGACAGAAACGCGACGCUGAGGUGGGCCACCUGAUCCAGGGAGAGGGAUUUAUUUUCCUUCUGCAUUCCUGAUGGAGUCGUACAGAGUGUCUGGCAUUCCCAACAGCGGACCACAGCGGGGCCACACUCAGCCGUCCCGCCCCUCCAAGCCCCACAGUAAUGGAGCUGGUACAUACGGUCUCAGCAUCCGUGUCCAGGGUAUAGAUGGUCACCCCUAUGUAGUUCUCAACAACCAGGACAGGGGUUCUCACUCCUAUAUCGACCCUAACAGUAACGGGUACGUCGAUGCAGAGGGCUCUUUUAUUGAGAACUUUGAGGAGUAUGAUUUCAGGGGAGGAAAGGAGGCUGGAUCCAGCAGCCCCUUCAUGGACUACAGGUCUCAGAAGAUGAUGCAUUACACCGGGCCUCAAAAUGGUGUCGCAGAUUCACAAGGAAAGAAACCAUCCACACUUCUGAACUUUCAGAAGCACCCUGAGAUACUGCAGCCGUAUGAUCCAGACACCAACUCCCUGAACCUUGAUGGUAUCCCCAGCCUGCCUUCAAGGCCUCUGGCUGAGACUGGGAACCAGCAGCAGAGUUCCACCUCCAAAUCUGCUGUACCUGCACCAUCCCACACAAAGUCAUCCAGUCUGGACCAUAAUAAAGCUCCUGAGCAGCAAGAGAAAAGACAACUUCCAUCUAAUAGCCUGAAGUCACAGCCUCAGUCUUUGCCUCCAGUCCAGCUCACUCAGCCUCAGACCAGGCCACAAUCACAAGUGGCUCAGCCGCAGUCCCAACCUCGUCUCACCAGCCUGAAUCCACCUCAGUCCAAGCCAGGCUUUAAAACUCAGAACCAACCCGUGUCUGCAGCCCAGCCUCAGCCCUCUGCUAUGAUGAGUCCCACGAGUGAUCAGAGCAAGAUAUCAUGCAUAUCGGCCAGUUCAAUGAGCAGCGCCAACUCCAGCCUGGAGCGCACCCGCCGUGAGCCUGAUGUCCUUCCGCUACGCAGGACUGACUCCAGUGGGCCAGUUCUUCAGUCCUCUUCCCGCUCCCGCCACUCUUCCUCCUCUUCCUCCUCUAAGGCUCUGGUGGAUGACCAGAUGGAGGCACUGUACGCAGACACCAUCAACCGCCACGAGAACCGACGCUACAUCCCUUUCCUCCCCGGUUCAGGCAGAGACAUUGACACAGGCUCCAUUCCUGGUGUCGAUGAGCUCAUUGAGAAGUUUGAUGGCAAAGAUGGCAGCCAUCAGCGCAGGGGCAGGGCAGGGCGCAGGAACAGGAUCAAUCCAGAGGAUAGGAAGCGCUCACGCAGUGUGGAUAGCGCCCUCGGCCUGCGAGAUGGCUCUAGCUGCUACCGAGGCACGAUGGAGCACGUCCUGCGUCCCUCACAGCUACGGCUGCAGAGAGCAUCUGGCAGUCAGGACUCCUGGCUCACGGCUGUAGAUGGUAAGGUGGACUCCAGAGCUUCAUCUCGUGCCACCAGCGCGCCCGGCUCCCCACAGAGCACCAUCUCGAAAGGUGUUGGCUCCAUACAGGUAUACACAAAGCCACAGACAUCUUCAUUGUCAUAUAAGAGUAAAGAGAUCGAGGACAGCGCCGCUUCAGCUGGAAAGGUUUUGACAGCAUCGCUGUCAACAUCGCUGUCCAAGCCUUCCUCCACCGCAGACAAAAAGCCCAGUACAGAGGCAGAUGUUCAGGCGACACCCGAUCUUCUGAAAGGUCAACAGGAGCUUUCACAACAAACACAUGAAGAGACGGCAAAGCAAAUUUUGUUCAAUUACCUUAAGGAUGGAAGCAACGACAAUGAUGAAAUGACAAAGAGAAAAGUCAACCUCGUCUUUGAGAAGAUACAAACGCUAAAGUCUCGGGCCACGGCGAGUUCACAAGGCGACAAUAAAUCCCUGGACUUUGCUGCGCAGACCAAAGCUCUGCAGGAGCAAAAUGCCGAACUGGAGAAAGAAAAGACCGAUCUGAAGAGACAACUUGAGAAGAACCAGGCUGACAAGAGGAUAGCAGACGGUUUGAAGGAGCUGCAGCAGGAGUUGGAGCGGAGUGCAGAGGAGUGCAAGCAUCUGAAGGAAAAACUAGCCAAAACAGAGGCCGAGCUCCAGACCACAGUCGAAGAGCUGUUCCAGGUGAAGAUGGAGAGGGAGCAAUAUCAGACAGAGAUCAGAGACCUGCAGGACCAGCUGUCAGAGAUGCAUGACGAGCUUGACUCGGCCAAGAAGUCGACCUCUGAUGGAGAGAAAGACCUCAUUAUAACGGACAUGAUGCAAUUGAAGGUGGAGAUGCAAGAAGUUCUCCUGGCCAAGGAGGAGCAGGAGGAGGUGCUGAGGAGGCGAGAGAGGGAGCUGACAGCUCUAAAAGGAGCCCUGAAGGAGGAAGUGGCCGUUCAUGAUCAGGAGAUGGACAAUAUGAGGGAGCAGUAUGAGAAGGAAAUAAGCAGGCUGCAGACGUCUUUGGAGGACGCCAAACAGAGUAGCGCAGCAGUGGUCCGUGAGAAGGCUGAAGUGGAGGCAGCCAAGGGUGCAGUGGAGGGCAAAGCAGGACGGCUAACCCUGGAGACCGAGCGCCUGCGCAGGCGGGCACAGGAGCUGGAAAAUGAGGUGGCCAAACUCAACCGCAUCAUCGAUGAGGCCAAGCUACAGGAGAGCAGGCUGGGGGACAGAGUCAGCCGACUGGAGACAGAGAAAAAGCAGUUGGAAGAAUCUUUGGCUGAAAUUAAGGAGCAAGAAGAGGAGAUGUCACGUGCCAAUCGAGCCUUGACCAUUCGGUUGGAGGAUGUGCAGAGGAACUUGACCAAACUGAGCAGCGAACACAAGGACUUGGAGGAGAGCUUACAAGAAGAGAGGACUCAGAAGGAGCAGUUCAAGAACAUGAAGAACAACAUAGAGGAUGAGAGGAGGUUGCUGGACCGUACAGUGGAGAAGCUCCAGAGGGAGAUGAAUGAUAUUGUGGAUGCAUCCCAGUUGUCCACGCGGGAGCUGCAGGAGCAGAUUGAUAUUUAUAAAGAGAAGAACCGUCGGGAGUUGACGGAGCUGCAGAGGCUUCUGAAGGAGCGAGGACAAGAGCUGGAGAAGUACCUAUUGGCUACCACAACCCUGCAAGAAGAGUUGUCACACCAGGAGGAGGACCUCCGGAAGUGUCAGAGGGAACGAGAUGACGCUGUGCUUAGAGAGAAGAUGCUGGAGAAAAAGGUUCACGAUCUGGAGGUGGAGGCUGAGACAAAGUCCCACACUAAAGAAGACAAAGCUCGACACAUCAAACUCAUGGAGGACAGGAUCGCUCAGCUGGAGUUGGACCUGGCUGAGGAGCGUCAGAGUGGAGACCAUCUGAUGGACAGGAUAGACCGAGGGAGAGAGCAGGUGGAGCAGAUGAGGAAUGAACUCCUACAGGAGAGAGCUAGCAGACAGGACCUGGAGUGUGACAAGAUGGCACUGGAGAGACAGAACAAAGAUCUGAAGAGCAGAGUGUCUCAUCUAGAGGGCUCCCAGAAGUCCAACAAAGAGGGCCUGGUAGCCCAGCUGGAGGAACGCAUACAGGAGCUGGAGGAGAGGCUGGAGGUGGAGGAAAGGGAGCGUGCAAACCUGCAGCUAGUGAACCGCAGGCUGGAGAGGAAGGUAAAAGAGAUGAUGAUGCAAAGUGAAGAAGAACAUCACUCACUGCAAGAUCAAAAGGACCAGUUGAAUCUGCGUCUGAAGGCCUUGAAACGGCAGAUGGAUGAGGCUGAGGAGGAGAUUGACCGACUGGAGCACAGUAAGAAGAAGCUGCAGAGAGACCUGGAUGAGCAACAGGAGGCCAACGAGCAGCUCCAGAGCCAGCUCAAAGCUCUGCGAAGUGAGAUCAGGCGUAAGAGCACCUCUGCUCCGCUGCUCAACAAUCUGGACGACGACGACGACGAUGACAUCAGCACCGAUGGGGAGACGUACUUCAGCUCGUCAUCGGGGUACAAGCGCUCCUCAAGUCAGGACAACAUGUUGUCUACUUUCACUCUGUAAACGAACCCUGAGGUCAAGAAUAAAGCUGCUUUAUAUGCAUGACUGUUGGACCAAAUGGCCGGCGAUCCUUGCCAAGUGCUUUUGAACAAACCUGUAGAUAUUACACUAAAACAUGUGAAUACUCCGAAACUUUCCAGCUAAGUGAGAUCAUUUGAAAUGUUCUUUUGUGAAAAUCCACACAUCUACAGAGUUCACAUAUUUCUCUUGGAUAUUAAUUCUGGGUAGAAUCUCGAUGUCCAUAAAUUCACUCAGUAUUAUUUGAGCAGCUCUGAGAUUAAUGGAUGAAAUCAUAAAAGUUUUGAUAUGUCGGCCUGUCCCAUAGGAAUUAAAUGUACAUACUGUUUAAUUUGGUCAUUUUUCUUUCCCACAUGAAGUCUCGUGUAGAUUUGUUCUUUUCUGAGUGGAUUUUCCUUUGUUAACAAAUGGAUUACACAUGCUUGUCAAUGAUUAUCCUAGCAUUAGUAAACUUGAGAACGCACUCUUUAAUGCACUGUACAGCAACGCAACCAGUAGCCUACUGCCUUUGUGAACAAGUUAUCCCUUACCUUUUUAUGUCUAUCAAAUAUGUUUACAUAUAGUAUCUGAACAUAAAUGUUUGUAUGACUCGGUCAAAUAAAAUAUAUUUACGUUUUUGUUUUGUUUUUUUUAAGAAUGAAGAUCAAAUCCGAAUAUAUGAAGUGAGAAUUGCCAGGAGAUAGAUAGAUAUAUAUAAUUUUUUUUUUUUUAUUAAAUAUACAUAAUCCUGGCCCAGUGAGGGUUUUAGGAAACAGAAAAUGAGGGACUUCGUACACAUCCAUUUUUAUACUGUUUUAUAUGGUUUGAUGACAAGUAAUUAUCCAUGAAAAUAUUAUCCACAGGCAUUAAUUGUUGUUUUCACAGGUUACUCCAAAUAUUAGUGACAUUGCAGUAUUGUUUAUACAUCUACUGGAAAAGGCCGCUUCAUGCAAUCAUGUGGAAUACCUAAAUUAACUUUUCUUUAGUCUUUUCUGUGAUUGUUGUUUCCAAAAUCAGACUUCUAGCAGUUACAGCACUGAACAAAGCCACACAUCAAAACCAUUUCAUCUCCGAAGACAUGAAACUGGAAACACUUUGAUGAACACUUCUGAACAUGGUUUGAGUCAUUGUUUAACCUCAUACACGUAUUUUUAUUCUGCCACCCUGUACAUAAGGCCCUGCAAUGCCUGUAAGAGAACAUGUGCGGGACUCCUUUAAUUUUCCUUGAACUGAUAAACUGACCGUUGAUGUUUUUGCUACACUGUAAUGAUUUGCACUCUCUGUUGGCUGAUGUCUGACGCCUGCGGAGGGAGAGUGGAUUGAGAUGAAUUUCUGCCACUACCUCUCUGUACACAAUUGUAUGUUCAUAAAUCCUGCUGAGACAAAUAAAGUUAUACAGUACUCUA